AUGCUUCAAAUUUGCAUUGCCAUUUUAUUGUGUUCCUUUAAACCCGGUUUCGUUGCAUGUGUGGAUGUUGAUAACAAUUCCGCAAUCGAUGUAAACCUACUGCCGUAUGAAUUAGAUUACGCGGAUAGCGAAGGUAGUUUAGGAAAUCAUUACACACACACUUGGGCUGUUCACAUACCGGAUGGUGAUAUGAAUAAUAAAGCGAAUGACGUAGCGCAUGAUCACGGAUUUGUUAAUAUGGGCAAGAUAUUUGAUGAUCAUUAUCUUUUCGCUCACCACAAGGUCGCUAAACGCUCGCUCGAACCGUCCGAACAUCACCAAGCCAGACUUGAUGAGGACGAGCGUGUAGAUUGGGCUAAGCAACAAAUUGCUAAAUCCCGUCGAAAACGAGACUUCAUACGAAUGAGACCUUCACGAACUUCAUCAAGAUCGGCAUUAUCAAGGGUAAAGGCUAUGCCCUUUACGGACCCUAAGUGGGAGCACAUGUGGUAUUUGAAUCGAGGUGGUGACCUGGACAUGAAUGUGAUUCCUGCUUGGAAAGAAGGUAUAACGGGGAAAGGAAUUGUGGUGACUAUAUUGGACGAUGGCCUUGAGUCCGACCAUCCUGAUAUAAUACACAAUUAUGACCCGAAAGCUUCGUACGAUGUAAAUAGCCACGACGAAGACCCUAUGCCGCACUACGAUUUGGCAGAUUCGAAUCGACAUGGCACAAGAUGUGCCGGCGAAGUUGCUGCUACCGCUAAUAAUUCAAUAUGUGCGGUUGGCAUUGCAUUUGGUGCCAGUGUUGGCGGUGUCCGAAUGUUAGAUGGAGAUGUUACAGAUGCAGUCGAAGCUAGAUCAUUAUCCUUGAAUCCCCAGCACAUUGACAUAUACAGUGCCUCUUGGGGUCCAGAUGACGAUGGAAAAACAGUUGACGGGCCAGGGGAACUAGCUUCUCGCGCUUUUAUUGAAGGCGUCACUAAAGGAAGGUCCGGAAAGGGUAGCAUUUUUAUUUGGGCUUCAGGAAAUGGAGGCCGGGAAAUGGAUAAUUGUAACUGUGAUGGCUAUACAAAUUCCAUUUGGACACUGUCAAUUUCUAGCGCCACCGAAGAUGGCUUUGUGCCUUGGUAUUCGGAGAAAUGUAGCUCUACUUUAGCAACAACAUACAGCAGUGGAAGCCAAACUGAAAAACAGGUUGUUACAACGGAUUUACAUCAUUCUUGCACAGUUUCACACACAGGGACAUCUGCGUCUGCCCCAUUAGCGGCCGGUAUCGCUGCAUUGGUGCUUGAAUCUAACAACAACCUAACGUGGCGCGACAUGCAGCAUAUUGUAGUUAGGACAGCAAAGCCAGCAAAUUUAAUAGAUCCAACUUGGUCAAAGAAUGGUGUCGGAAGAAGGGUAAGUCAUUCAUUCGGUUACGGAUUAAUGGAUGCCGCAGCCAUGGUUAAGCUGGCGCGUCAGUGGAAAACAGUGCCCGAACAGCAGCGAUGCGAAAUUAAUGCACCACAUGUCGAUAAAGUUAUUCCGCCCAAAAGUCACAUAACAUUGCAACUAUCCGUUAAAAACUGUUUGAACAUUAACUUUUUGGAACACGUUCAAGCUAAAAUAACCUUAACAUCACAACGAAGAGGUGACAUUCAAUUGAAUCUAAUUUCCCCAGCUGGUACCAAAGUAACGUUACUAACUCCUAGAGUCCACGAUACUUCGCAUUCUGGCUUUAAUCAAUGGCCCUUCAUGUCUGUUCACACUUGGGGCGAAUCUCCACAUGGCAAUUGGCAAUUAGAAAUUCACAACGAAGGACGAUAUAUGGCUCAAAUUACUCAAUGGGAUUUAAUUUUCUAUGGCACUGAAGGACCAGCUCAGCCUGAGGAUCCCGUUCCUAUAAGCACAAAUAAAUUUAAUUCCUUUUCUGCUGAAUCUGAGCAUAACAAUGUUGAAUAUGACCCAAGCAGCCAGUGGCGUGAUAUGCAAAAGCUCAGUGAAUACGGAAUGUCGAAUCAUGAUCGCACAAACACAAGCUGCCUGAAGGCUACAAUAAAUCUCCAAUGUUUAGUGUGUGCCCCACCUACAUUUCUCUUUAAGGGACGUUGCUACGAUAUUUGCCCCAGUCACACAUACAUUGCUGCGGGUAGGAUACACAGCGAAAUGCCGUACAAUAAUCUGGAUGGAAAUGAGCAUGACUAUGAGGAACUGCUGGCCAAUGAUCGUAAGAAACGCAGAAGAAACGUGAAAAUAGAUCAUAUUGAAGAUUAUAGCCCCUCUUCUAACAGCGACGUUAGCUUGAGUUGUGAACCGUGUGAUAAAAGUUGCUACAACUGCUUUGGUCCAUUAAGUUCCGAAUGUGAAACAUGCUUUAGCGGUAGUCAAUUGAAGAGAAUGCCGAACACGAACGAGUCAUAUUGCAUUAACUUCUCUGAACGAAGUUCGGGAAAUGCAAUUGCAUAUGAGUCCAGCCGCAACUACCAUUCUGUAAUACUUUUCAUAUUUGUUGUACCUUCUGUGAUAAUUCUAAUAUUAGUAAUCAUUCUGACAAAAUCUGAGAAAAAGUUCAAUAUUUGUAAAUGCCAGCGCAAAGACGGCAAUGAAUCUUCCGUUGACUAUAGCUAUGAUCGCGUUGCUUUAAUUACUGACGAGGAGGCCCAAGAGGAAUUUGAUUGA